AUGGGAACUUAUUACUAUAAAAGAAGGGUGUAUUGCCGUGGGAUUUUGGGUUCACUCUGCAUCAACAUCAGAGCUUUGAAUGCAUUCGAUAGAGACCCAGCUCCCCUCCUUCGUGUGCAGUUUCAGCUGGCCACUGGACCUACCAGGCAACACGAAGGACCAGUGCGCAUGAAAGACAAGGAGACACUGGCAUCCCUCAGCAGAGGUUUAAUGAUGACUGAGCUGAACACAACGUCCCUGCUUCCGACAGAAACCAGCCCAGACUAUAGGGAUAAUAAGACUGGUUGCAAAAUACACAGUUUAACUUAUGUGAUCCUUGAUGGUGUCACUGCGCUCAUCUGUCUCUUCGGGCUGGUGGGCAACGGGGUCGUCCUCUGGCUCCUCAGCUUCUUCAUUAAGAGGAAUCCCUUCACCAUCUACAUCCUCAACCUGGCCGUAGCAGACUUAAGCUUCCUCCUCUGCCUGCUUAUUUUCCUCAUACAUUAUACUGUGGAAUCUCUCUUCUGUUUCUAUGAAUUUGAGAAAUUUCUGUGGUUUUUUCACCUGCUGGUUCUGUUGGCCCACAAUGCCGGCCUGUACUUCCUGACGGCCAUCAGCGUUGAGAGGUGUCUGUCUGUCUUCUACCCCAUCUGGUGCCGAUGCCACCGCCCAAAGCACCUGUCUGCCCUUGUGUGUGCCCUGCUGUGGGCGCUCUCCUGCCUGGUAACCGGAGUAGUGUCUUAUUUUUGUGAUUUUGGUGGAACUGAACGCUGUCGGAUGUCACUCAUAGCCAUGUAUGCUCUGGAUUUCCUGAUUUUCGGUUCCAUCAUGGUUCUGUCCAACCUGAUCCUGUUCAUCAAGGUCCGACAUAGCUCCCAACAACGUCAGCCUGGAAGGUUCUACAUUGUUAUCUUGCUCACCAUCCUCUUCUUCCUCAUCUUUGCUGUUCCCUUCGGUAUCCAGCAAUUUGGCAUGUAUUUUAAUAAUGUUAAUAUCCCCACUCAGAUAUGUAAUGCACUGGCCUCUUUAAACAGCAGCAUUAACCCACUUAUUUACUUUUUAGUUGGGAGCUACAGGAAGUGGCGGUUCAGGGGCUCUGUUAAGGUCGCACUCCAGAGGGUUUUUGAAGAGCAUGCAGAUUCCAGAGAAGACAGAGAAGCCACCAGGACAGACACAAUGGAGAUGGCUAAUUAAAUCCCUACAGCACCCAGCCUCAGAGACCUUAUUGUGGAUGUGGAGCUUUAUUAAUCAGUAUGAAAAUUAGCAGCUUCCUACUUGUUUAAUUUUUCUCUAAUUUUCCAAAUACCAUAUUUGUGUGGCACUUGGUUAUGAUGUUAUGUCUGUCUUGGAAAACUCGU